GCAGGCAUUCUCUCCGUCCAUCUGCACUUCUCAAGCUCCUUACCACAGACUUCGCUCUGAGCUCAGUCGGGAAGAAGCCAUGGCGAAGUCCAGGGGCCGUCUGUACCUUUGGAUGUGUUUGGCUGCCGCACUGGCGUCUUUCCUUGUAGGAUUUAUGAUGGGCUGGUUUAUUAAGCCUCUCAAAGAAAUUGACACUACACUGAGCUAUCAUCCAAGUGUACGGCAGAACCUCGUAUCUGAGAUGAAAGCUGAAAAUAUUAAAUCAUUUCUUCGUUCUUUCACAAAGCUCCCUCAUCUGGCUGGAACAGAACAAAAUUUACUGCUUGCCGAGAAAAUUCAAACCCAGUGGAAGAAAUUUGGACUGGACUCAGCCCAGCUGGUUCAUUAUGAUGUUCUCUUAUCUUACCCUAAUGAGACAAAUGCCAACUACAUAUCAAUCAUGGAUGAACAUGGAAUUGAGGUUUUUAAAACAUCAUACUAUGAGCCACCACCAGAUGGAUAUAAGAAUGUUACAAAUAUUGUACCACCAUAUAAUGCUUUCUCAGCUCAAGGCAUGCCAGAGGGAGAUCUUGUAUAUGUAAACUAUGCUCGGACUGAAGAUUUUUUCAAACUAGAAAGAGAAAUGGGCAUCAACUGCACUGGAAAGAUUGUUAUUGCCAGAUAUGGGAAAAUCUUCAGAGGAAAUAAAGUUAAAAAUGCCAUGUCAGUGGGAGCCAUAGGAAUCAUCCUGUACUCCGAUCCAGCUGACUACUCUGCCCCUGAGGUGCAGCCGUAUCCCAAAGGAUGGAACCUUCCAGGACAUGCAGCCCAGAGAGGGAAUGUGUUAAAUCUGAAUGGUGCUGGUGACCCACUCACUCCAGGCUAUCCAGCUAAAGAAUACACCUUUAGACUUGAUAUUAAAGAAGGAGUGGGAAUGCCCCAAAUCCCUGUACACCCCAUUGGAUAUAAUGAUGCAGAAGUAUUAUUACGCCAUAUGGGAGGAACAGCUUCACCAGAUGACAGCUGGAAGGGAAGUCUUGCUGUGGAUUACAAUAUUGGGCCUGGUUUCACAGGGCAUGGCUCUUUCAGGAAAGUUAAAAUGCAUGUUUAUAACACCAAUAAAAUUACAAGGAUUUACAAUGUAAUCGGAACUAUCCGAGGAUCUGUGGAACCUGACAGGUAUGUUAUCCUGGGAGGCCAUCGGGAUUCCUGGGUGUUUGGAGGCAUUGACCCAACCACAGGGACCGCUGUUUUACAAGAAAUUGCUCAGAGUUUUGGAAAACUGAUGAGUCGAGGCUGGAGACCUAGAAGAACUAUCAUUUUUGCCAGCUGGGAUGCAGAAGAAUUUGGACUUCUAGGUUCCACAGAAUGGGCUGAGGAGAAUGCAAAAACACUUCAGGAGAGAAGCGUUGCUUACAUCAACUCAGAUUCAUCAAUAGAAGGCAAUUAUACUCUCAGAGUUGACUGUACACCCCUUCUUUACCAAUUGGUGUAUAAACUGACAAAAGAGAUCUCCAGCCCAGAUGAUGGUUUCGAGAGUAAAUCUCUUUAUGAAAGCUGGUUGGCAAAGGACCCUUCAUCUGAAAAUGAAAACUUCCCUAGAAUCAACAAGCUGGGAUCUGGAAGUGAUUUUGAAGCUUAUUUUCAGAGACUUGGAAUUGCUUCAGGCAGAGCCCGUUACACUAAGAAUAGGAAAACAGAUAAAUACAGCAGCUACCCAUUAUACCAUACAAUUUAUGAGACGUUUGAAUUGGUAGAAAAUUUUUAUGACCCCACAUUUAAAAAACAGCUUUCUGUGGCUCAAUUACGAGGGGCACUGGUUUAUGAGCUUGCAGACUCUCAAAUCAUUCCUUUCAAUAUUCAAGACUAUGCAAAAGCUUUGAAAAACUAUGCGACAAGUAUCUACAAUUUAUCCAAGAAACAUGACCAACCAUUGAAAGAUCAUGGAGUAUCAUUUGACUCCUUAUUUUCUGCUGUGAAAAACUUCUCAGAGGCUGCUUCUGAUUUCCAUAGAAGACUUAUAGAAGUUGAUGUUAAUAAUCCCAUUGCAGUGAGAAUCAUGAAUGACCAAUUGAUGCUCCUGGAAAGAGCAUUCAUCGAUCCCCUUGGCCUACCAGGAAGGAAGUUCUACAGGCACAUCAUCUUUGCUCCAAGUAGGCACAACAAAUAUGCUGGUGAAUCAUUUCCCGGGAUCUACGAUGCUAUGUUUGAUAUUGAAAAUAAAGCAGACCCACGUUCAGCCUGGAGAGAAGUAAAGAAACACAUUUCUAUUGCAGCCUUUACAAUUCAGGCAGCGGCAGGGACACUGACAGAAGUGGUGUAUUAAGGUCUCUGCCAAGUGGAGCUAUUCAUUAGAAGUCUGGAAGUCUGAGGAUAAAAAUCCAUCUUCAUAUUUUGAUUUUAGAGUUCCACCUUGUUCACCUGAAAAGUUUUUUUGGCUCUUUAAAAAUGUGUAACUUUAUCACCAAAGUGUUAAUCUAAUAAAAUAAAACAAAAAACUCCAGUCAUAUGUCAGGUUAACUGAAAAUUCCCUAAAGUGAAGGAUGGCAAGGAACUUGCUCUCAGACAUUGCUGGAAGAAGUGUAAAAUGGUAUAACCACUUUGGAAAACAGUUUGGCAGAUCCUUAUACAGUUAAACACAUACUUAUUCUAUGACUUGAAAAUUCCACUUCUAAGUAUUUGCUAAAGCACAAGUGGCAAACACAAGGUCCAUGGGCCGAAUCCAGGUCUCCACCAUGUUUUAUCUGGCCCAGCACCUUGUUUCUACUCAGCAGCAGCACCAAGCUCUCGCUUAACAUAGUUACAUUUAUAUAGUCCUAAAAUUACAUUUGGCCCUUUGAAGGCAACCAUGAAGCUGAUGUGGCCCCCAGUGAAAUUGAGUUUGACACCCUUGUAAGAGAAGCGAAAUACGAUCAUAAAAAGACUCUCAUAUGUAUGUUCCUAGUACCUUAAAGUGGAUGAAUGCAAAGGAUGAAUGGGUAAAAUGUGGUAUAUCCACAAUGCAAUACUACUUAUCAAUGCAAAUGAAAUAACUGCCAAUACAUGUAACAUUAUUGGCAGAUAUUAUUAAGGAAAAGAAGCCAGACACAAAUGAAUACCUAGCAUAUCAUUCUAUUUAUAUGAAGAAGAGGCAAAGCUAAUCCAUGGUGUUAGAAAUUAGUUGUGUCAGUGAUUGCCUGGAGCAAGGGGCAGGGGGGAAAUUGGCUGCAAAGAAGCAUAAGGACACUUUCUGGGACAAUGGGGCAUUUCUGUAUUGUGAUGUGAGUCAUGGUUACACAACUGUAUACAUCUGUUAAACCUCAUCAAACUGUAAACUUAAAAUGUGUGAAAAUUUACCUCAAUAAAUGUGAUUA